AUGUCCGUAUCAUCUACGAAAGACCCGCUGGAUGGCAUCAGCGGCGAGCUCGCAAGCAGUGGUGGUGCCUUCAAAGCCACAUUGCUAUUCUUCAUGGCCAUUGCCUGCUACAAUGUGGCUGAGCUAGUCGUCAUGGUCCUGUCGACCUUCCGACGAUGGAAGGGCCUAUACUUUUGGAGCCUGCUGUUAUCGGGCUGCGCAGGCGUGUUACCAUACACAUUGGGCUUUAUCAUGAAGUUCUUCACGCAAGCCCCUUCGAACCUCUCUGUCACUAUACUUAGUAUCGGCUGGUGGGUCAUGGUCACGGGCCAGGCGGUCGUCCUGUACUCACGACUCCACCUCGUCAUUUGCGACGAGCGCAUCCUACAGCGCGUGCUGUACAUGAUUAUUGCGAAUGUAUUCCUCCUACAUGUACCCACGACAGUCCUGACAUACGGAUCCAAUGCUGUCGGUGAUGAACAGCCGGCCUGGGUAAUUGGAUACAAUAUCAUGGAGAAGGUUCAGAUGACCGGCUUUACCAUCCAGGAGAUCGUUCUGUCUGGACUAUACAUGUGGGAGACUUUGUUAAUGCUGCGGAUAUGUCUUGUCCGUGAGAACCAAAAAAUCAUGUAUCAGUUGAUUUGGAUUAACGUCGCCAUGCUGGUUAUGGACCUCAUAUUACUGGGUCUUGAGUAUGCCAGCUUCUAUGCUGUGCAGAUCACGCUUAAAGGAGCGAUAUACAGUAUCAAACUGAAGCUCGAAUUUGCUGUUUUGGGCCGGCUCGUUGCUGUGGUACAGAAUCGCCGGCCCAUAUCGAUCGACCGGGACAUCAAUCUCUAUUCUUUGGACCGAGAAACGACCAGCGCUCCAGAUCGGAGCCUAGCAUCUGCUGGAGAAAGUGUAUCCAGCCGCACACCGUUUUGUGUUCCAGGCACAGGGUACGCGAAUGGGACGCAUAGAAACAUCAACAUUGAUACCGGAAAACUCGUGACAAUGAGAGAGCUUUCAGCUUGGGUUCAGCGGCCAAAUGACGAUCACUGCUGACGCACAACUCGCAUUCUUGGCGAUGAUGUAUCGACUAGCUCAUUCAUAGAAUUGGUGCGGGUGCAAUAAAGCGGGUCAGUAACCUGUGCACUGCGCCCUAUUCAAAACAAUG